AUGACACUUCGGUCUGUCAUCGGCCGAAGGUUCAUACACGAUGUUGUUGGCAACAUGACAGCCCGUCACCCGCCCUCGGACCCUUUGGUCGUCAUCCUGGGCUCGACCGGAACUGGAAAAUCAGAACUCGCCGUAGAGCUCGCCACUCGCUUCAAUGGCGAAAUCAUCAACGCCGACGCCAUGCAGAUGUACAAGGGCUUGCCCAUCAUAACCAACAAGAUCUCCCCCGAAGAGCGCCGCGGUGUCCCCCACCACCUACUCGACCACGUCAGUCUGGACCAGCCCACAUGGAUCGUCGAGGACUUCAAGCGUGAGGCGAAUAGGGUCAUCUGCGACAUCCGCCGCCGGGGUAACUUGCCCAUCGUCGUCGGCGGCACCCACUACUACACCAACGCCCUGCUCUUCGAGGACACCCUUGUCGGGGCCGACGACGGGAAGCCGAAAGACGGGGACGUCAAAGGCGACGACGCGGACGAUGGCGCCGCCUCGUUCCCUAUCCUCGACGAGCCCACCGACGUCAUACUGGCCAAGCUGCGCGAGGUCGACCCCGUCAUGGCCGACCGAUGGCACCCUAACGACAGGCGCAAGAUCUCGCGAUCGCUGCACAUCUACCUGCAGCACGGCCGUCCGGCCUCGGAGAUCUACGCCGAGCAGCGCGAGCGCAAGACCGCAGAGACCAGCCCGGACGGCGGAAGCCCCGUCAGUCCCUGGCAGACGCUGCUCUUCUGGGUCUACUCGGACCCGGAUGUCCUGAAGAAGCGUCUAGACCGGCGCGUUGACAAAAUGCUCACCGCCGGCCUCAAUGACGAGACACAGUCCAUGUAUGACUACGUACGCGCCAAGGAGGCCGCUGGCCAGCAGGUGGACUACACCCGCGGCAUCUGGCAGUCGAUAGGCUUCAAGGAGUUCUCGGCCUACCUCGAGGCCCUCAACACCAGCGGCCCAUCCUCCACGGACCCUAGCGCCCUCGAUGCCCUUAAGGCCUCUGGCCUCGAGGAGAUGAAGACGUCGACGCGGCAGUACGCGAAAUACCAAACUCGCUGGAUCCGCACAAAGACCGUGCCCCUCCUCCAGGAGCGGCCCGGCGCGCUGGACCAUUUCUUCGUCAUGGACAGCACUGAUGUCGCGCGGUGGUCAGUCAACGUCGCUGACCCGGCCAUCGACGUCGCGGGGCGGUUCCUCCGGGGAGAGGCGCUGCCGGCGCCCGCGGACCUGUCGGCGACGGCGCGGGAGGUGCUGAGGGAGGCGACGGUGCAGACGGAGCGCACGCUGUGCCGCCGCACGUGCGACAUUUGCAAGACGACGUGCGUCACGGAGCAGGACUGGGCAAAGCACGUCAAGAGCAGGCGGCACAACGUGAUACUGAAAAAGACGAAGAGGAGAGCGCUGAGCGCCGCCGAGAGGCCGCUGGCCGUCGUUCCGGUCGACGCCCCGGGAGAAAAAGAAAGCAGGGCUGCGGACAGAGGUUCAAGUCCCGAGGUCGACGGGCUGGGCAUGUUCGAUGUACCCUCGUAG